AUGAAUGGCCAGAUUUGUCCCGCAGUCCUCCUAUCCACGCGCGACAACAAACUCAUGAAAGCCUACCACGCCCUUCAAGACUUCAUCUUCGACGGACAAUGGGCGACCCACGUAACGUGGCUGCUGACCACUCUAGCCAAGGAUUUCAGCCCCGCUGAUAAUCAAGUGCUGGUGCUGCCGCAAGACUCCUUCUUCCCUUCGUCGUGGGAAAUGCAAGAUCUAAAGGAAUUAUACGGCGUACAUGAGGACGCCGGCGAGCCUGCUGUCAACAACCACCCUAUCGACAACCUGACAGACUUCAUCGAGAACUUCCAGCUCAUUCCGCCAAACACCUGGCAGAGAGAUUGGCGCUUAUCUUCCGAAUAUGUGCUCGCGCAGAACAGUAACUUUGCGCGGCUUGUGUAUCCGGCUGUGAAGCAUGCGCUGGAUAAUGGGUUUCUGGAUGGGGCCAAGGGUCACGUCAUUGAUCAAGGAAGCACCGCAGCGGGGGCAGCAGAAGGAGCUGGGCGGAGCAGCGGCUGA